AUCGCCACACAGAGAACACUUCCCUCGGUUUCCACGGUGACAGGAUCCCUCCUCCUCCUCCUCCUCCUCCUCCUCCUCACCAUUAGUGUGUCCACUUGCUCCUUGUCGUCGCCGUCAGGAUGGGAGAUAAAGGAACCAGAGUGUUUAAGAAAGCAAGCCCCAACGGGAAGCUCACCGUCUAUCUGGGGAAGAGAGACUUUGUGGACCACGUGGACCGAGUGGAGCCUGUGGAUGGCGUGAUCCUGAUUGAUCCGGAGUACUUGAAGGAGAGAAAAGUUUUUGUGACACUCACCUGCGCUUUCCGAUAUGGACGCGAAGAUUUGGACGUUCUCGGGUUGACCUUUCGUAAAGAUUUGUUUGUGGCAAAUGCGCAGGCGUUUCCUCCUCCCCCUGAGGAGCAGAAGACAUUGACUCGCUUGCAGGAGCGGCUGAUGAAAAAACUGGGAGAAAAUGCGUACCCCUUCACCUUCCAGAUCCCGCUCAACCUGCCGUGUUCUGUCACCCUGCAACCUGGCCCUGAGGACACCGGCAAGGCCUGCGGUGUGGACUUUGAAGUCAAAGUAUUUUGCGCCGACAAUGUGGAAGAAAAGAUCCACAAAAGGAACUCAGUCCGUCUCGUGAUCAGGAAGGUUCAGUUCGCCCCCGAGAAGCCGGGGCCGCAGCCCACCGCCGAGACCACCAGACAUUUUCUCAUGUCGGACAAGGCUCUGCACCUGGAGGCGUCUCUGGACAAGGAGAUCUACUACCACGGUGAGCCCAUCAGCGUCAACGUCCACGUCACCAACAACACCAACAAGACGGUGAAGAAGAUGAAGGUGUCAGUGCGACAAUACGCCGACAUCUGCUUGUUCAACACCGCUCAGUACAAAUGUCCUGUUGCUACCCAGGAGUCUGACGACGUCGUGGCCUCCAGUUCCACUUUCUGCAAAGUCUUCACCCUCACGCCAUUUUUGUCCAACAACCGGGAGAAGCGAGGCCUCGCUCUGGACGGCAAGCUGAAGCACGAAGACACCAACCUGGCCUCCAGCACGCUGUUACGUGAAGGAGCCGACAAGGAAAUGUUAGGCAUCGUCGUUUCCUACAAAGUCAAAGUGAAGCUGGUGGUCUCACGAGGCGGGCUCCUGGGAGACUUGGCCCCCAGCGACGUCUCGCUGGAACUUCCUUUCACGCUGAUGCACCCCAAACCUCUGGAAGAAUGUCUUCUUGGAGAUGAGGCACCUGAUGAAGCACAGACUGACACCAACCUCAUCCAGUUUGAAGCAAAUGACGAUGACAUCAUCUUUGAAGACUUUGCUCGGGAACGCCUGAUUGGAGCGAAGGAUGAGGAAGACGAAGAGCCGGUGGCAGAUUGUGUCCAAGCUAAUGACACAUAAAGGUGAAGAUGGGCGCCACCUGUAGGAAAAAAACACUCGUCAUCGUGGUCUUGUUCGUGUUGUAGAAUACGUCGCUCGUCCUGCGGCGCAACAAACGUGUGCUGCCAUCACGCGAGGCGACAAGACCACGGUCCUAAAUCCCGAUGACACGCAUGAACUUUUAUCGAGACAACGGAUCUCAUUGUGCUUUUACUUUGGACCGCCUUUGUUGUGAAAGGUCACGCUACGGUUCUUGCUAUUUUCUUACAAAUUCUUCACUUGCUUCUUGCUGAUCGUACACAAAACUACAAUAAUUACAUCUUGUACUGCAUCUAUAUGGAUUAUAUACUCACGGCAUAUAUAACUAGAUUAUAUAUUGUACUAGUACUUAUAAUAUACUACAUUUUUAUUUGUAUAUGUAUUACGUGCACAAAUAUCUAUAGAUUACGAGUCUAUAGCUACCAUAUAUAUUAUAUUGUACUAGUACCUAUACUAUAUACUCUAUACUACUUUAUAGAUCACAGUUCUAUAGAUAUAUGUAUAUUAUAUACAUAUAUUUAUAGUAUAUAUUAUUUAUGUGUAUAU